AUGAUAUAAUAUUGAAUUUGUUAGCGUAAGCAGUGGAAGCGGUUGAAGAAAGAAGAAUUGAGAAUUGACCUUAUUGAUGGAAGGGGCAUACGCAUUUGCCAUUGUUGACUGACUCCAAUUUUCAAUAUUUGCAGCAUUCUUUUCAUUAUUACAUCCCUGAAUUGAGUGGCUAACACAACGAAGAAAGAAGAACCACAUCCAUCAUCUCCAUCUAUCGAUCCAUCCAUCCAUCGAUCCAUCUAUCUGUGUGCUUGAUUUGAUUUGAUUUGAUUUGAUUGCAUUCUGUGUCUGUCGAUGAAGAGCUCUCUGAAAAAGUUACGAGGGUUGGGACUUCACAAUCACAAUCACAAUCACAAGCAUCAUGAUUCCAAGACCAUUCUGCCUCUGGGUCAGCUAGAAGAGCUUGCUCAGGCUACACGGGACAUGCAAGACAUAAGAGACUGCUACGAUACCUUGCUUUCUGCCGCCGCAGCAACUGCCAGCAGUGCUUAUGAAUUCGCCGAGUCCUUGCGGGACAUGGGCUCUUGUCUUCUCGAGAAAACUGCUUUGAAUGAUCACGAAGAAGAAACUGGAAAAGUUCUGCUCAUGCUUGGCAAAAUCCAGUUCAAACUUCAGAAACUCAUUGAUAAAUAUCGUUCUCAUAUAAUCCAGACAAUUACCAUUCCAUCAGAGUCUCUCCUCAAUGAACUUCGAAUUGUUGAGGAGAUGAAGCGACAAUGUGAUGAGAAAAGAGAUGUAUAUGAGUAUAUGGCAACAAGAUUUAGAGAGAGAGGUAGGUCUAAAGGUGGAAAGACGGAAACUUUUUCGUUGCAGCAGUUGCAAACUGCUCGUGAUGAAUAUGAUGAGGAGGCUACAUUGUUUGUUUUCCGAUUGAAAUCUCUGAAACAAGGACAAUCACGUAGUCUUCUAACACAGGCAGCACGUCACCAUGCUGCUCAGUUAUGUUUCUUCAAGAAAGCAGUCAAGUCUCUUGAGACAGUAGAACCACAUGUAAAAUCAGUUACUGAACAGCAACACAUUGAUUACCACUUCAAUGGUCUUGAAGAGGAGGAUGGGGAUGAAGGUGAUGAGGGAUAUGAAGAUGAUGAUGGUUAUGAUGAGAAUGAUGAUGGAGAGCUGAGUUUUGACUAUGGACAAAUUGAACAAGAGCAAGAUGUUUCUACAUCUCGAAAUUCGAUGGAGUUGGACCAGGUGGAACUUACCCUUCCUAGAGGUUCAACAGCUGAAGCUGCUAAGGAAAAUUUAGAUAAGCUCCAACGGAAUUUGUUUUCCUUUAGGGUUAGGACAGGUAGCCAAUCCGCUCCACUUUUUGCUGAUAAUAAACCUGAUUCUAGUGAAAAACUUAGACAGAUGCGCCCGUCUUUAUCACGGAAAUUCAGUUCAUAUGUGCUUCCUACCCCAGUUGAUGCAAAGAGUUCAAUCUCGUCAGGGUCAAAUAAUCCAAAACCUUCAAAAAUGCAGACAAAUUCAAAUGAGGCUACAACGAAUCUGUGGCAUUCAUCCCCACUGGAACAGAAGAAACAUGAAACUAUUAGAGAUGAGUUUUCCAGUCCUACGGUCAGAAAUGCACAGUCAGUACUCAAGGAGAGUAACAGCAAUACUGCCACCACGCGAUUGCCACCUCCAUUGGUAGAUGGUCUUUUAUCCUCAAAUCAUGAUUAUGUUUCUGCCUACUCUAAAAAGAUUAAAAGACAUGCCUUUUCUGGCCCAUUGACAAGUAAUCCUAUGCCUACCAGACCUGUCUCAGUAGACAGUGUUCAGAUGUUCUCUGGACCUCUUUUGCCAACUCCAAUCCCCCAGCCUCCAUCGUCAUCUCCAAAAGUAUCUCCCAGUGCCUCUCCUACUAUCGUGUCUUCACCUAAAAUAAGUGAGCUUCAUGAACUACCAAGGCCUCCAACUAAUUUCCCAUCCAAUUCAAGGCUUUUAGGUCUGGUGGGUUAUUCAGGUCCGUUGGUACCCAGAGGGCAAAAGGUUUCCGCUCCAAAUAAUUUGGUAAUUUCAAGUGCAGCAUCUCCACUGCCAAUUCCGCCUCAAGCCAUGGCUCGUAGUUUCUCCAUACCUUCUAGUGGUGCUAGAGUUACUGCAUUACAUAGUUCAAGUGCGCUAGAAUCCUCUCAUAUAUCAUCUAUAUCUGAGGAUAUCGCUUCUCCUCCUUUGACGCCAAUAGCAUUAUCAAAUAGUAGGCCAUCAUCAGAUGGCUAAGGCUGUUGCUCUGGAUGUUUAGACCAGAGGUUUUAUGCACAUUAAUUCCGCUCAGGCCUGAUGCUAGCCCUGUUUACGACCUGGCAAAUUAAGCAUAGGGUCAAGUUUUGCCUAGUUUCAAAUCUGUAAAUAUUCCUCUUACAUAUAGUAGAUAUUCUUUUAUCUGUCAUCAUUAUUGUUAAUCCAACCUUUAUAAUGGGGCUUUUUAUUACUUUUCCCCAAAUAAAUGCUCCAUCAGUUCUAUUGUUAAAUCAUGCGUUUAAGCAAUUGGUAGUAA